AUGUCACAGCCACUUGCAACGCCACAGUCCCAGGGCACAAAGCCCGUAGGACUAGAGGAACUAGACGACAUAGAACAAGUGGUCCAAGGCUUCGACAUCCAGGACUUACAAUCACCCUCCUCACCCUCUUCACCGACUUCUGGACAGCAGCAACAGCAAUGGCGCUACUUUGCAGUACGAGAGGGUCUGCAGGGUAUCAAACGGAUCAUCGGGACUAGGUUGGCAGGCGGGAAGGAGAUCCUUGUUACCAGGAGUCGUUCUACAACCUCGGUCGCGUCUGUGACGAUCGCUGCAGCGACUGAUGAGUCCGAGGCGGUUGUUGCGGUUGUAGGAUCUAUGACGAGAGAGCAUGUGCAUUUCGAGGAGGAGGUGUUAAGUGAUGUGGAGGAGGUUUUUAGCGACGCGGAUGAGGAUGUGGAUACGGAUCGGCAGUCUGCGAAGCAGAGUUUGAGGGGGUUGGAGCAUGCGCUUAUGGCUAGUAUUGCGAAGACUGGUCCUAAGCAGGAGACUGGUCGAUUGUUCGAUGGAGGGAUAUUGACGAGUGCGAACCAGAAGAAAUGGUAUCACACUGCCUUACCCGUCAACUGGAUCCAGAAGCUAUCGAGCGAGUACCAUUUCGGCAACUAUGUCAUCACCGAUCGCGAGACGGGGACGAAGGUGUGGGAAGAUAUGCCGAUCUAUGCAAGGAUUGGGAUGCAUCUUCUGUUCGCCGGCAUGUUUGACCGCAAAGUGGCAAAGACACACAGGAUCCAGCACCUGUUCUCGGUCGAGUCUGUGAACCAAGGCCGCAACUUUGAUGCACCCGAAUCUGUCGCUCAGAUCCCGCAUUUCAUCAAGACCUACAAGCUGAACCUAUCCGAGUUGUUGGAACCCGAUCUGUCCAAGUACUCCUCUUUUAAUCAGUUCUUCUACCGCAAACUAAGGCCCGAUGCGCGGCCUAUUCAUCAAAAGGCCAAUCCUGUUACUGUUAUUGGGUUGGAUCCUGUUGUUCAUGGGGAGGGUGGUGCUAAUGAAGGCGGCGGUGUGGGUGAGGAAGUGGUGGAGAGGUGUGUGUUUGUCUCGAUCGGAGCUCUUCUCGUGGGAUCGAUUGAACUAACAGGAGCAAAGGACGCAGGGACCCGUCUAGAAAAGGGCGACGAGCUAGGAUAUUUCGCCUACGGAGGGUCUACAUGCAUCCUCUUGUUCCAGCCAGGAUCUGUCCGGUUUGAUGAGGAUUUGGUGGCGACCUCGCUGAAGGGGUUGGAGACGCUUGUUAAGAUGGGGGAGCGGAUUGGGGAAAGGGCAGGACCUGUCGCUCCUCCUUCGUAG